UACCCUUUUUACCAAUUCGAGAAGGAAAAGAAUAUUGUGUUUCUUUCUUUGAACGCAAUGUAUUCUAAAAUUAAACUAUUAGAUAUUAUACUAUUAUAGUUUAUACAGUAUCUAAAGAUAUCAUAACAUUGUUGUGAUGACUGAAAAUGAAAAAGAAAUUUUGUCUUUCGAACUACACGAGGAAGACGGAACUAAUCAACUAUGCAAUGGCGAGGAAUUGUCGUCAAGUCUAGAACACGGAAAUAAGAAUGUCGAUAGUGGAUGGGCUUGGGUUGUUUUAGCAGGUGCCACUGUACAGUUCUGUAUAAUGGGUUCUGUGACAAAAGGUAUGGGUGUAUUCUUCAAUGGAUUUAUAGAUCAUUUUGAAUCCUCGUCUGCUGUGACGUCAAUUAUACCAGGUGUAUUUCAUGCCACUUAUAGUUUUUUCUCUCUACCGUUUUUAACCAUUGGUUUGCGAUUUUUCUCAACACGCCAGCUUGUGGUGACGGCAGGUAUCUUAUCAGGGACGUCUUUUAUCAUUGCAAGCCUAGCCAAUUCAGUUAAGGUACUGAUCUUCACAUAUGGAGUUAUAUUAGGAAUUUCAUUUGCUCUAUUACAUGGACCAGUUUCAUAUUUGAUUGGAGUAUAUUUUGUUAAUAGGAGAAAUUUAGCACAAUCAAUAUGUGGAUCAGGAUUUGGAUUAGGAGGGCUGAUUUUUCCACCUAUUUAUACAUAUCUUAUAGAAAUAUAUGGACUUAGAGGUGGCUUAUUACUAACAGGGGGAGUUCAAUUAAAUAUUGUUGCAUUUGCUUUACUUCUGAGACCACUAUCUAGUGAUGUCUUCAAAGAAAGGAAAACAAAAACUGAAAAACAAGAAAAUAAUGAAAAUACGACAGCUUCUAAAUCUACACCAGAAACUCCAGUUUCUCCAGAAGAACUACAGAAUUUUUUGAACAAAAAGCAGAAUAUUGAAGGGAACUAUGAUUGUAAGGAGAGUAUAGUUUGUUCUAGAACAAGACAGUCUGUUCUAAGCAGGCUAUUACAAUGGUUGACCGUCAUAGUGGAUUACACCCUAUUCAAGCAUUGGUUCAUGCGUGUUUAUAUUGGAGUCUUUUGUGUUGGGUGUAUAGGAGUAAUAUAUAAUGUUAUUUAUAUAGCACCAUUUGCAAAAGAUAAUGAUAUUAGUGUGAGCGAUGUUGCAAUUCUCGUCUCUAUAGUAAACACGUGUGACUUUAUCGGACGUAUUAUGAAUGGUGUUAUAACCAGUUUCAUUACAGCAAUAAGUAUGGCAUUAGCUCCUUUAUACACAAAAUAUUGGCACUUUGUAGUUUAUGGAGUAAUUAGUGGACUUAAUGCAGGUUGUCUUCUUGCGUUGACUCCAGCAAUUAUUGGAGAUUUUCUAGGAAUGGAAAAUUUUAGGUCAGCAAUGGGGAUACUUAUGUUCGGCGAAGGUAUAACAACCGGUCUAGCAGCUCCAUUUAUAGGUUAUCUAAGGGAUAUAACUGGAAGUUACGUAGCUUCGCUGUAUUUCAUGUCAGCAUGCAGCUUGCUUUCUGCGAUAAUUUUUAUUGGAGGUCUUUUGGGGAAACGUCCCUGGACGUUAAGAAACAAACAACCAAAUGUUCUUGGGAAACGAACAUCACUGUGAAAAGUAUAUAGAUGACAGAAACAUUUUUAAUGGAGUAUACAACAAGCCAACAAAAAUAUGGAGGACAGCAUCUUUUUUUAACAGAAGAAACCCGUUUAUGUAAUAUUUCAAGCUCUUAAUCGCCUCGAC